AUGUACCACCUGACUGACCAAAAUGACUUAACCAAUAGCAGAACAGGGCAAGACCUCAAUUAUAAUAAUAAUACAUCACAUGACACUACCAAACUGGACAAAACACUACACAAAACACAAAACACAACACAAGCACAUGGCCAGAAACUUCAAGAAAUCAUGUCGAACGCAACCGACGCUAUAAAUUUCCAGUUCACGAAAAGAGACGAAAUAUACUCUAUUUUAACAGUUCUUUCAUCUUCAUUGUCAGUUUUUGGAGGAAUUGGAAUUAUUGCCAUUUACGUUUGCUUCAAAGAUCUUCGGACAUGUGGGAGAAAAUUAUUGGUUUACCUGAGUCUGAUGGAUGCUUUGACAGCUUUUGGUAACAUUCUCGGCGUCGUCUGGUUGCUUUGUCGCGCAGGAACAACGUGUCAUUCCGUGUACGAGAGCAUGGAGUUUUGUAGGCUGCAUGCUGCUAUAACUAUUUUUUCGAGCAUCAGUUCCUUUAUUUGGAUGAUUAUAAUUGGAGUCAGUUUGUUAAAAAGUAUAAUAUGGAACAUGCCUUCGUUUGCCAGGACAUAUAUGAAAGUUUUCUAUGUUAUAGCUUGGCCACUUCCAGGACUGGUCGCCAUUUUGAGUUUGUCACUUGAUGUGAUUGGUUACGAUAAAAACAUCGCCAGUUGGUGCUGGAUUGAUCCAAAAACUCCCGCCAUUUUAUUCUGGCAGUUCUUUACCGGGAAGGCAUGGGAAAUGUCUACUUACCUAUUGACCAUAAUGAUGUACUCUAUCGUCAGAUGUUUCUUAUUCAAACACACGAAUAAGAAGACUCUGGCAAAAAGUAAGAAGAAAUCCAGGAAGGCUGCUUUACAAGAGGCGAACCUAAAGCUCACAUUUGUGCCAGUUGUUUUCAUUGUACUCAGGGUUUGGGGGACGCUUCGAUUUCUACUUGGUAAUCUGGCGCACUACGACGCACCGUGGAUAUCAUACCUGCAGGGAGUUGGGGACAGUUCUCAGGGCUUUGCCAAUUUCAUCCUUUACUGUGCUUUGACUGACAAAGUAAGAGAAAGGGUGUUUUCCGCCAUAUUUUUACGACACAGAAUUCAACAUCCGGAAGAAAAUCCCCGACAACUCAAAGCAUCAACAGUGGAAACGCAACUGUCUCAAAAUGACGCAACAAGGACGGAAUGAGUUUAAUUCUAAUCGAAUACGACAAAAUCUUUAAUUUUCUUUUCAAUUACUUUGAAGGAAAACACUGCAAAUGACAGCUUGAGAAUUAUCUCGUACUCACAUUAUAAUAAGAGGAAUUGUAAGGUGGAAACGCCAAAUAUAACUAGUGAACUAAGUACUUAAAAAGGAAAUAUAAUUUAGAGAAGUGUAGAAUAAAUGAAAAUUGACGUAUUUCUUAUGUAUAUUAGUGUUUCUCAAUCAAUAAAAAUACAGGUAAACCCCUUGA